GCUCCCGCCCUCGGGGCUGCGGGCGGUCCCCAGCUCCUUACGGCUUCGCUCCGGUUCCGGGACGCUGGGGGGUGGCCUCAGUUUCCCCUGACCUGGGCCACCCCGUUUCCUGAGGCCAGAGGAGCGUCGCCCCCCCGAGUAAGCCGCCCGUGCCCGGCCCGGGCAUGUCUCCUGCUCAGCCCGGAGCCGCCCCUCGCUGUGGAUCCUGGGCCCAGGUCCGGCCUGGGAACCCCCCAUUCAAAUUCAGAUCCCCUCCCUGCUGUCAAGCGGCUUCCGCUGCUCCCCAGAUUGCUCCCGGGAGCCGUUGAUGCCCUGAUUUCUUCCAAUGUCGCCUACGGCUCCUUUGGUCUCAGCGCAGCCCCAGACUUCAAUGCAAAGGAAAAGUCUGGAUUGGUUUCACAGGCCUUUUAAAAAGCGGACCUGAAAGUUGCUGGCUGUGCAUUCCGGCUCCGGUGAGCUGUCGCUGAAGUCUGCGGGACCCGUGUCCUUUUCCGGAGAGCAGGGCUGGGGAAGGAGAGCGGCAGGAAACUUGUUGGGAAGGUGGAGAAACUGAGAUAGGGUGUCGGUGACUUCCCCAGGAAAAGUUCUGGACAGCAGCCAAAGAAGACCCACAUUUCCUUUCUGCCUGGGGAUCGAAACGACUUUGGUGUUGUUGGUCCUCUUCUGCGUCCCCUCGGGACAUUUCUGUUGGAAGGUUUUCUUCUUGAAACAGCCUGUAAAAUAAACUUUUAAGAAAAAAAAAUCAAGAAACUUUGGGGGUAGAUUUGCAGCUACAUUACUUCAAGAUUGAGGAACUGCAAAAAUAAUUGGAACGUCUGUUUACACGUGUCGACUCAAAACUUGGCUUCUUUUUGUAAUACAAGAUUGACCUCAUAUACUGGUGAAUGUGAAAUUCUGCAUAACUGUUUCCUCCCAAAGCCCACAGACCUUUCUGGAAGAUCUUGAACCCUCUUCUGGAAAGGGGUGCCUAUCAUUGCUUUAUGGGGCAGCAGCCUGGAAAAGUUCUUGGGGACCAGAGGAGGCCGAGUCUGCCUGCCCUGCACUUUAUCAAGGGCGCAGGAAAGAAGGAAUCAUCGAGGCAUGGGGGUCUGCACUGCAAUGUUUUUGUGGAACAUGAAGCCCUCCAGCGGCCAGUAGCGUCUGACUUUGAGCCCCAAGGCCUGAGCGAAGCUGCGCGCUGGAACUCCAAGGAAAAUCUUCUUGCGGGGCCCAGCGAAAAUGACCCCAACCUUUUUGUGGCACUGUAUGAUUUUGUGGCCAGUGGAGAUAACACUCUAAGCAUAACCAAAGGUGAAAAGCUCCGGGUCCUAGGCUACAAUCACAAUGGGGAAUGGUGUGAAGCCCAAACCAAAAAUGGUCAAGGAUGGGUCCCCAGCAACUACAUCACCCCGGUCAACAGCCUGGAGAAGCACUCCUGGUACCACGGGCCCGUGUCCCGCAACGCUGCCGAGUAUCUGCUGAGCAGCGGGAUCAACGGCAGCUUCCUGGUGCGGGAAAGCGAGAGCAGUCCUGGCCAGCGGUCCAUCUCGCUGAGAUACGAAGGGAGGGUGUACCACUACAGGAUCAACACUGCUUCUGAUGGCAAGCUCUACGUGUCCUCGGAGAGCCGCUUCAACACCCUGGCGGAGCUGGUUCACCACCACUCCACCGUGGCAGACGGGCUCAUCACCACACUCCACUACCCCGCCCCGAAGCGCAACAAGCCCACGGUGUACGGCGUGUCCCCCAACUACGACAAGUGGGAGAUGGAACGCACAGACAUCACCAUGAAGCACAAACUGGGCGGCGGCCAGUACGGGGAGGUGUACGAGGGUGUGUGGAAGAAGUACAGCCUCACCGUGGCCGUGAAGACCUUGAAGGAGGACACCAUGGAGGUAGAGGAGUUCCUGAAGGAGGCUGCGGUCAUGAAGGAGAUCAAGCACCCCAAUCUGGUGCAGCUGCUGGGGGUCUGCACCCGGGAGCCCCCGUUCUACAUCAUCACCGAGUUCAUGACCUACGGGAACCUGCUGGACUACCUGCGCGAGUGUAACCGGCAGGAGGUGAGCGCAGUGGUUCUGCUCUACAUGGCCACUCAGAUCUCCUCCGCCAUGGAGUACCUGGAGAAGAAGAACUUCAUCCACAGAGAUCUUGCUGCCCGAAACUGCCUGGUAGGGGAAAACCACUUGGUGAAGGUGGCUGAUUUCGGCCUGAGCAGGUUAAUGACAGGGGACACCUACACAGCCCACGCUGGAGCCAAGUUCCCGAUCAAGUGGACCGCACCCGAGAGCCUGGCCUACAACAAGUUCUCCAUCAAGUCUGAUGUGUGGGCGUUUGGAGUCUUGCUUUGGGAAAUUGCUACGUACGGCAUGUCACCUUACCCGGGAAUUGACCUGUCCCAGGUGUACGAGCUGCUGGAGAAAGACUACCGCAUGGAGCGCCCCGAAGGCUGCCCCGAGAAGGUCUACGAGCUCAUGCGCGCAUGUUGGCAGUGGAGCCCCUCUGACCGGCCGUCCUUUGCUGAAAUCCACCAGGCCUUCGAAACCAUGUUCCAGGAAUCCAGCAUUUCAGAUGAAGUGGAAAAGGAGCUGGGGAAACAAGGCGUGCGGGGCGCUGCCGGCGCCGUGCUGCAGGCCCCGGAGCUGCCCACCAAGACCAGGACCUCCAGAAGAGCUGCUGAGCACAAAGACUCCGCCGACGUCCCCGACACACCCCACUCCCGGGGCCAGGGAGAGACUGAACCCCUGGACCACGAGCCUGCCGUGUCUCCUCUGCUCCCUCGCAAAGAGCGGGGCCCCCCCGAGGGCGGCCUGGCGGAGGACGAGCGCCUCCUGCCCAAAGACAGAAAGACCAACCUAUUUAGCGCCCUGAUAAAGAAGAAGAAGAAGAUGGCGCCAGCCCCACCCAAGCGCAGCAGCUCCUUCCGGGAGAUGGAUGGGCAGCCGGAGCGCAGGGGCGCUGGGGAGGAGGACAGCCGGGAGAUCAGCAAUGGGGUGCCUGCGCUCGCCCUCUCCGAUGCAGCUGAGGCCACCAAGUCCCCGAAGUCCAGCAAUGGAGCCGGCGUCCCCAAUGGGGCCUUCCGGGAGGCAGGGGGCUCGGGCUUCCGGUCCCCGCCCCUGUGGAAGACCAGCACGCUCACCAGCAGCCGCCUGGCCGCCGGAGAAGACGAGGGCAGCGGCGGCGGCAGCAGCAGCAGCAAGCGCUUCCUGCGCUCCUGCUCUGCCUCCUGCGUGCCCCACGGGGCCAGGGACACGGAGUGGAGGUCGGUCACGCUGCCUCGUGACCUCCAGUCCACGGGGAGGCAGUUUGACUCAUCCACUUUCGGAGGGCACAAGAGUGAGAAGCCAGCCCUGCCCCGGAAACGAGCCAGCGAGCCCAGGUCGGACCAGGGGGCCCGGGGCGUGACGCCGCCGCCCCGGCUGGGGAAGAGGGGCGAGGAGGCCGCCGACGAGGUGCUCAAGGACCCAGCCGAGCCCAGCCCCGGCUCCAGCCCCCCAACCCUGACUCCCAAAGUCCUGCGUCGCCAGGCCACCACGCCGCCUUCCGGCCUGCCCCACAAGGACGAGGCCGGGAAGGGCAGUGGCUUGGGGACCCCUGCUGCAGCUGAGCCAGUGUCCCCCAGCAGCAGAGCGGGUGCUCCCGGGGGCCCCAGCAAGGCGCCCCCAGAGGAGUCCCGAGUGAGAAGGCACAAGCAGUGCUCCGACUCGCCGGGCCGAGACCGAGACCGGGGCAGGCUGUCGAAGCUCAAGCCCGCCCCGCCGCCGCCGCCGCCUGCCGCCUCGGGAAAGUCCGGGAAGCCCACGCAGAGCCCGGGCCACGAAGUGGCCGCUGAGGCGGCCUCCACCACCAAAGCAAGAGCCACAAGCCCAGCCGUGGAGGCUGCGAACAGUGAGGCCGCCAAACCCAGCCAGCUGGGAGAGGGCUUCAAGAAGCCCGCGCCCCCAUCUGUGCCAAAGCCACAGUCCGCCACCAAGCCACCAGGAGCUCCCACCAGCCCAGCCCCUGCGCCGAGCACCCUGCCAGCAGCCCCCUCUGCCCUGGCGGGGGACCCAUCCUCCACCGCCGCCUUCAUCCCCCUCAUUUCAACCCGUGUGUCUCUGCGGAAGACGCGCCAGCCCCCCGAGCGCAUCGCCAGCGGCGCCAUCACCAAAGGCGUGGUUCUGGACAGCACGGAGGCGCUGUGCCUGGCCAUCUCCAGGAACUCGGAGCAGAUGGCCAGCCACACCGCCGUGCUGGAGGCCGGCCAGAACCUCUACACAUUCUGUGUGAGCUACGUGGAUUCCAUCCAGCAGAUGAGGAACAAGUUUGCCUUCCGAGAGGCCAUCAACAAACUGGAGAACAACCUCCGGGAGCUGCAGAUCUGCCCAGCGCCCUCGGGCAGCGGCCCGGCCGCCACGCAGGACUUCAGCAAGCUCCUCAGCUCGGUGAAGGAGAUCAGCGACAUUGUGCAGAGGUAGCAGAAGCCAGCGGCCACGCCAGCCGGAGCCGCCUGCGGCCCCCACGUGACCCACAGGACCAGCAAGCCGGCCUGGGCUGGGGUUCUGCCUCAGACCAGGCCCAGCAGGGC